CUUCCCAGUUCCUUCCGUGGCUGCUUGAUCAUUAGGCAACCUUCAUCUGCCAAAAACGCCAUCUUCAACGAUGUCAGCAAAGGAUGAUGACCUGCUGGAGUUUGUGAGGCAGCAUGAAGAUCUGACCUAUCUCGAGGACCGAGGGAAGAUCAAAUGCAUCAUCACUGACGUACGCGUGGCAGGAGACGAAGGACCACAUCACACGCGAAUGCCUUGUUUGUGUCAUGGUCUGUUCGUCAGCACGAGAUGCCGCUGCGUCGUGAUGUUGUAGAUGCACAUCUGAAGGCCAAGAAGUACCUUGCAGCCAAGAAGGGAUGGCACCAGCACGACUACACCCAAUACGAGCCGUACAUCGUCCCACACAAGACCAACAAGUAGGCCAGCACACCCUGAUCCACAUGUCCGUCUGUGUGUGUCGUGCGUGUAGGUCAAAGCUCUACUGCACGCUGACCGGUCACUCGCUGAAUCGCAACCCCGAUGAGGUGCAGCGAGAGGUCAACGGCCGCAGAUACCGCAAUGCACUCAAGGCAUUCCAAGAACAGGAGGAGAAACAGCGGCGGAAGGACAGACGGAGGCAGGGUACGUCGCGCACAUCCGUCCAUCCAUCCAUCCAUCCAUCCAUCUGCCAGAUCUGAGUGGGGAUGGGCAUGUGUGGCUGUCAUGUCGUGCAGAGCGCCGUGAGGCUGCGGAGAGGCGGCGGGCUGAGGGAAAGGGCGAUGAUGUGGAUUUGGACAUGAUGGACGAGGGUUCCGACAGCAACGAUAGCGACGCUGACUCACAGGAGGAUGAAGACCACGAAAUGGGUGAGCUGAAGCGAAAUGGAAGAUGAGAUGUGAGCCAGCCUGGAUACACGCCUGUGUCAUGUUUGCAGCUGACGGUGGCGAUGAGGCUAUGGAGGCCGCCAGCGAUGAAGGUGCGGCGGCAGACGAGGAUGGCGAGCCACAGGAGGGAUCAGCUGCCGCAGCCCAACCAGGUGCGCACAUCAUGUGGCAAGUACAUCACGUCUUUCCAUCUCACCUCUCUCUACUGUUUUUGCCUUCAGCAGCGCAUCGACGGAGGCCAACUCGCCAUCUGCUGGUGGAGAAUGACGCCGAUGUGCAAUCGGCGAAACGGACGGUGCCUGUGGUGACAAUGACUAAGCGGAAGGCGGGCACUACGAAGCAGCUGCAGAAGCUGCUAGAGAUGAGAUCACAGGGGGCUGCUGCUGGGUCGCAGACUGCCAUGAUGUGAUGGAUGACUCCGUAUGUGCAUGAGCAACUGAUUUGGACACUAUGUGUGGAAAUACAUUAACUCAUAGCGCAAC